UUGUUUCUUGUUUAUAAAAUGUCAAUUAAUUCAAAGGUCAAAGUCAAGAGAGCGAUUUACAAUACAUUUACCAAAAAGUAUGGACUUCAUGUACAGACCGAUGCAACAAAGUACCUGGAAGAUCUACUCAUUAAUGAAAGUGAUGUUGGAGAAGCCACUGAACGAAUUGUCAAAGCAUACAGGAAACGAUAUAACGGUACAAUACACUCAUUAAGACUCUUUUCCUAUUAAUUCUAACACACUGGGUGCAUAGAGGAGCGUGUUGUGAUUGUAAAUGAAGCUACGAUUCGUGAUGUGAUUAUAGCCAUGCAAAAAUCAGCCUUGAUUGCCUCUUCCUUGACACCUUUCCAACGAGCCGAUGAAGAAAUUAUGGACUCUUUACAAGAUAUGAAAAUUGAUGAAUCGAAUACGGAAACGAUUGAUGUCACACAGCAUUUCCAUGUCGUGGAUGCUUUUAGCAUGCCUCGGUUUUCCUACGAUGAACACACUCGAACUUUUCACAAGAAAAAGGCACCAAGUCAGUUAUUAGCUGAUGCUCGGGAAAAGGGAGAAAUGUUUCGUGAGCGCUUGAUUUUGGUUAGACAACGAUUAUUAAGAAAUGAAAAUUUCAGCACACCUUCUACGCAAAUGACCGACUCUUCCGAUUCCAUCAGAAUUACACCGAUUAAAGCAUUAAUUGGUCACGAUGGAGAAGAUUUCAUUAUAUUUGGCAUGUUGACGCAAGUGGAAGAAGGCAAGAUUUUUUUAGAGGAUGAGGAUGCACAUAUUGAACUUAAUUUGAGUGAAGCGAAAUAUGAUUACGGGGUGUUGACAGAUGGUGUAUUUGUGUUGGUGGAAGGCAAUUAUGGUGACGAUCAUAUAUUUGCUGUUACAGAAAUCAAUCUCCCGCCUGCCGAAUCCCGUGAAAUGUCAGAUGUGUUAUUUGGUCACGUUGAUUUUUUAGGGUUACAAAAGCCGCUUGUGGAUGAGAAACUUUUAAAGAUUGAGGAAGAGAAAAAUGAAGAUAUAUCUUUUGUGAUAAUAUCUGAUGUACAUUUGGAUCAACCCAAAGUGAUGAAUGCAUUAAGAGUGAUUUUUGAUGGAUAUUCCAAUGCGCGUAUUCCACUUGCAUUUAUCCUUAUAGGUAACUUUUCUAGUAAGCCGUUCAAAUAUUCGGCAUCACAAUCAGCCGAAUACAAGGAUAGUUUUACCGCAUUGGCCGAUCUUAUUGGGGAGUUUCAUAAUUUAGCAACCCAUUCAAAUUUUGUCCUUGUUCCGGGCCCAAAGGAUCCGUGGGGCGGAAAUACUUUACCGCAACGUGCCUUACCUCCUAGCUUUGUGGCCCGUAUGAAACAGAAAGUUCGUAAAUGCACUUUUACUACAAAUCCAUGUCGUAUACGUUACUGUACUCAGGAAAUCGUCAUCGCAAGAGAGGAUUUAUUGAACAAACUUUGGAGAAAUGCAUUGUUGGCACCUAAUCUAGAAGUGGAUGAUGACCCUAUUCGCCAUUUAAUACAUACCAUCAUCGAUCAAGGUCAUGUUUGUCCAUUACCAUUAUCAGUCAAGCCUAUCUAUUGGUCUUAUGACAGCGCACUAAGAUUAUAUCCUCUUCCUCAUGCUUUGAUCAUGGCUGAUAAAUGCGAAAACUAUGGUAUUACAUAUGAAGGUACCCAUUGUAUCAACCCAGGCAGUUUUCCAAAUUCAGAUUUUGGCUGGAGUAUUUAUUAUCCCAAUUCCCGUCUGUCCGAAAGAUGUGUUCUUCCUGACACGAUUUAAUACAUAUGAAAAACAAAAAAAAACCCUUGUAUAUUUAUAAAAAAAAGUCAUUGUAAUAUUAAAAAUGUUCUUUGUUCGGUUAUUCAAUCCUUUGUCAUACCCUUUUUUUUUUUUUUUUUUUUUUUUUU